AUGCGACCACCGAGAGGCGGCGGAGGUUUCCGCGGACGCGGCGGCGACCGAGGUGGCCGCUUCGGUGGAGGCGGCCGCGGCGGCGGCGGCAGGGGCCGCUUCGGUGGAGGCGGAGGCGGGUUCCGCGACGAGGGCCCUCCAGCCGAGGUCGUCGAGGUGUCGACGUUCCUGCACGCGUGCGAGGGGGACGCGGUAACGAAGCUGACGAACGAGAAAGUGCCCUACUUCAACGCGCCCAUAUACCUCCAGAACAAGACCCAGAUCGGCAAAGUCGACGAGAUCUUCGGCCCCAUCAACGAAUCAUAUUUCUCGGUCAAGAUGUUUGAGGGAGUCAUUGCAACAUCUUACAACGAAGGUGACAAGUUCUUCAUUGACCCCAUGAAGCUGCUGCCCCUCUCACGCUUCCUGCCGCAGCCAAAGGGCUUGACUCCAAGAGGUGGUGGUCGAGGUGGAAGAGGUGGUGGUCGUGGUGGAUUUGGUGGCCGUGGUGGAUUCCGUGGAAGAGGUGCACCAAGGGGUCGUGGACCUCCCAGGGGUGGAGGGCGUGGUUUCAGAGGACGAGGCAGAUUCUAG